CUUCAACUUUCUGCAAGUUUAUCUUAGAUAAUUAAUGAUGUUGAUCAACUUGGUGUCUUACGGCUUUUAUAUUGGCAACCGAUAUUGAAUUCCUAUUACACGAUCCAAAUAUCAAAAGUUGAAAGUAUUAUUACUCAUGCGGCCAAAUUGUUGGACCAAAAAACAGAAGAAAAUUCCAAUACUAAUUUACAAUCACAGUAAAUUAUAUUACAAAAUACGAUAGAAGAAGCUAGUUGGCUCAAGAAAUUCUUAGGAAUACAAGAGAUAUAGAGAAUGCUAUUAUUAGUUCCAGAGUCCGUAUAUUCUCGAUUCAUCUAGAAACACAAGCUUAUAAAUAAAACAACCCACAAUGAAAAAAAAAAGAAGCUAAUCGUUCUCUUUCUAUCACUUUUUACAGGUCUGGCGGUGCAUCAAGAUUAGUAUAAACCAAGAUUAGUACAAAUCCAGUAAAAUAAUGCAUAAUUUCGACCAGUACAAUAUUUUGUCUUGAACUAUUGGCAAGACAGAGGGGAAACUUGGGUAAUUAUAUACCAUAUAUAGCAUAAACCCAUAGAAAUUUGAAGUUAAUCAUCCUUAUAGCAAAAAAAAAAUCGUUGAAGUUUCUCAUAAAUUUAUGAUUUUUCAUCUCUUGUAGUUCUUUCUUUCUAUGAAAGAAUCAUAUCAUAUUUUUUUUUUAAUAUGUAGCACGUAAUUAGAAAGAAGAAUGGCGUGGCCAUCUUCUUAAUUUGACUUGUACGUUAGAACUUAGAAAACACACGGUUUUAAUUAAAAGUAGUUAGGAGGAAAAAUAUAAUUAAUAUUUUUGGUUGCAAAUAGCUUUUAAUGAUCGAAAAGAGCCAGGAAAGAGUUCCCUAUUUAAACCUCUUCUCCGCCUCGCUAUAUCCCUCCCCUACACCUUUCUCUCUCUUAACAUACACAUACAGUCUGCUCUUUCUCUCUCUACUCUCGCCGUUUUUUUUCUCUACCAGUUCUGUUGAAGGCUAAGAAAAUGGAGUUCGAAAACCGGUACGGACUUGCAACGACGCAGAAGUACGACUGUCUCUUGUUCGAUUUGGAUGAUACCCUUUAUCCUCUCAGCACCGGAAUCGCUAGAGCAUGUGGGAAAAACAUCAAAGAUUACAUGAUCGAGAAACUCGGUAUACCGGAGGACAAAAUCGUCGAAUUGUCUAAUCUUCUCUACAAGAACUAUGGAACGACAAUGGCUGGUCUUAGAGCAAUCGGAUAUGACUUUGAUUACGAUGAGUACCACAGCUUCGUCCACGGUCGUUUACCGUACGACAACAUCAAACCCGACCCUGUUCUUCGCAGCCUCUUGCUUAGCCUUCCUCUCCGCAAAGUCAUAUUCACCAACGCGGACAGAGUUCACGCGGUCAAGGCGUUGAAGAAACUGGGACUAGAGGACUGUUUUGAAGGGAUCAUAUGUUUCGAAACGCUGAACCCGACGCACAAAAACGCUGUGUCUGACGAUUUCGAGAUUUUUGACAUCGUGGGACAUUUUGACCGGUCUGAACCAGUCGAUUCACUUCCCAAAACCCCUAUUGUGUGUAAACCGUCUGAAUCUGCUAUCGAGAAAGCGCUGGAAAUCGCCAGUAUUGAUCCUAGCCGAACGCUGUUCUUUGAGGACAGUGUCCGAAACGUACAAGCUGGAAAACGCGUUGGUCUUCACACAGUUCUGAUUGGUACAUCGAACAAAGUCAAAGGAGCAGAUUACGCUUUGGAAAGUAUUCACAACAUGAAAGAGGCGUUACCGGAAUUAUGGGAAUCCGACAGGAAAUCGUCGGAUGUUGGAUAUUCCGGCAAGGUCGCCGUUGAGACAUCUGUUACAGCUUAGGAAUGUUUCGCCACUGUACCUAAUUUUCCACCACUGCAUUUUCAUUUCCCUUUUUUAAAUGAUGUAAUGUCAUUUUUGUUUUUCGACUUUUGUCUAUAAGUUUAAAUAAAAAUUGAGGAAGUUAAUAAUUACCAUCUACGUAGUUUUUAGGAGAAACAUAAUUACAUAACAAUUUCCUCCGAUCGGUUAUAAUUAAAAGACUAACAGUACGUUAAAAAC